UGUCUGCUGAAAAGUCCAAAUGAUAUUUUCAGGUGUUCUGCUGAUCUUGGCACUGACAGAAGAGCUGGUGUUUUCUGUUCAGGUACUGUCUCCCACCAUCUCCUCCUCUCAGGGCUUCCCGAUGGACACUGUCACAGCCAUGGGAACAACGCCUCGCCACAAAGGCCACCACACGUCAGAGCCCCUUCCCACGUCCUCUUACACCAUUGCCCACCCCGUCAGCCUGGCAGAGACAGCCCCUUCCACUGGGCAAAAGCAAGCAGGCAGCCCUCACCUGGGCCAGGAGGGCACCUACCACUCACACAACCGGAGUGCCCUGUACUCAGCACAGACUCGCCCCAAGGGGAAAAUCUUCCAGGUGUUCAAAGGCAACUUCACGGAGUCCUCAGCGCCUUACCUAAAGACAAGCCUACACUCUCCCUUCCCCACCCUGAGGAGCCCUUUCACGGAGCGCCCAUUCCAGCCCCAGAGUGCGGCGCCCAGCCAUGCGAGUGGCAGGGGUCUGGCAAGAACUGAACACCCAGACCCUUCCCCACGCCGCAACACCUCAGGAAGCCUUGGAGAAGCGGAGCAAGAGGAUGGGGCCAAGCUGGCGGUGCAGGAGGCAGAUUUUGCCACCACAACUGCUGGACCAUCAGCUGAUCCUGAAGCAGUGUCGGUGCCUUUUAAACCCACCCACUAUGGUGUAUGGGAUAUGCUGAGCAAAAACAACUCUUGGGUGACCCUGAAUCUCAGUACCAAUGUCCCUGUGUUUGCUGGCCCUGGAUCUGCCACAGCAGCAGCGGGUCACUCGGUUCAGACCAGUUUUGAUGUCAACAUUUCCUCCCCAGCAGUGGGAGAGCCCAAGGGACCCCCAGUGACACAACACGGCGUGGUGACCAACACCACCUUGCUGGGCAGCACUCUCUCCGCAGUACCUGCCACGAGGUUGUCCAGCUCCAUUUCCACAGCUGGAUCCACUGCCACUGGGAACUUCCUAAACAGACUGGUUCCUGCUGGGACCUGGAAACCUGGAGUGCAAGGAAACAUCUCUCAUGUCACCGAGGGGGACAAACCCCAGCACAGAGCAACCAUCUGUCUCAGCAAGAUGGACAUUGCCUGGAUCAUUCUGGCUAUCAGCGUACCUAUAUCCUCUUGUUCAGUUCUGCUGACAGUCUGCUGCAUGAGGAGGAGGAAAAAGACAUCUAACCCAGAAAACAACCUGAGUUAUUGGAAUAACGCUAUUACCAUGGACUACUUCAACAGGCAUGCUGUAGAGUUACCAAGAGAGAUCCAGUCCCUGGAGACUUCAGAGGACCACCUCUCUGAGCCUCGCUCCCCUGCCAAUGGUGACUACCGCGACAGUGGGAUGGUGCUGGUGAACCCCUUCUGCCAAGAAACGCUCUUUGUAGGACAUGAGCAAGUCUCUGAGAUAUGACCCACAGCUGCCCGCCUGGUGCAGUUUCAUC